AUCGGUAUUUACACCAUCUGAAGCGUAUUUGUAGAAAAUUUUAUUCAAAAAUAUCCAUUUUUCUGGAAGUUAUGAGGCAACAAAGCCGGGGGCACAUGUGUAAGCAGGCGCGGUCCCAGGUAUUUUUCGAAGGGAAUACAAGUCCAGGAGAUAAGGGCGUAAUAACAUUAUUUAGAAGGGCGCACUUCUUUUCUUCAGGUGGGGCAUGUGCCCUUCAGCCCCACCCUCUCUCUUGGGUCCGCUCCAGGUAGAAAUGCUUUGGUUUAUAUAUUUGUAAGGAUUUGUUAUAUUGGCACAUGGUCAGACAUUUCGAGGUAGAGCUGUAUUCAGUCUAUGUACCCCAGGGACUUAGCUAGUAUUUAUCGUAUUGAUUCCCGCCCGACACGCCAUGACCCCGAACUCUAGUCUAUCGCUUAUCUCCCUUGUCUGAUAGGAGACCGUCUUGUAACGACGCAACCCCCGUUUCGGAGCUUGUUGUCAUGUCUGUGCUUUGAGGGAUUUAGUUACAGCUUACGUGACAAACCUUGAAAUAAGGGUAAACCAACAUGACAACUAUUGACAACCAAAAUGACAACUAUUAACAAAAACCAUGUUUUUUCUUAGUUUUAUUGCUAAUACUCGAGAUUAGUUAUUAUUGUAGCACCUCGCUUCCUUGUCAGUCGUGAUCCAGCAAUGCUUUUGAUCGAAGGGUUUCCAGUCGUGACCAUCCAUCUUAUAGUCAUGCUCACUGUAUGUAGACAGGAAUGUAAAUCAAGAAAAUUAAUGAUAUAGUACAUUAUCCGAUAUUUGUGUGACUUGGAGGAGAUAUAGCUGUUAUUUAUACCAAGUCGAGCGAACAUAUCAACUCUACCAUCAAAUGGUUAUUUUGGAUGUCUUCCUUUUUUUCCUUAUUACUGUUGUUGCAUUUGCACAUGUCAGAAAUUACUUUCAUUACAUGUUCCAAUUCGGUGUCGUGUGUUGGAGAUUUUACAAUCAAUUUAUAGUGUUUUGUACUUACCUCUCGAAUGUUGCUCGCUUUGUAGUUGGCCUUCAAGUAAAUGGCCAGAGUCAUUUGGAAAUGAAGGGCCAAGAAAAUGAGCCUGGGGCAUGUAUACUUCAGCUGGAGACAGCCAUAACUUCAGGGGAUGUUAAAACUUCCCAAACUCUUGUUGCUUACCUUGCAAGACAGAAAACAUCAGUGAAGAUUGAACUUCUUCAUAAAGAACCUAUCGAUACAGAAUAUCGUUUUUUCAGCAUCAAGAUUUAUAUUGAAGACCGAGUCUCUUCAGCGCCGCCUUUUGUGAUGAAAAUUAAUUCCAAGACAACAGUAAGAGAACUUAAGAGAAUGGUCUUCCUCAAACAUAACUUACCUGUACAAGUCCAGCGGCUAAUUGUGUCUCAUAAAAUUCCCAAAGAGAAGGAUGUCUUAUCAAAACAUGGUGUCAAAGAAGGCAGUAGUGUGUUUAUUUACCUCGUUCCUGCAAAUAAAGUUAACCUAACAAAAGAACAAGUUGAUAAGGAAAGAUGUGCAGCAGCUGAAUUACAAAGACAGGAAUCAGAUGAAGUAUACCCAGGCAGUUUUGAUAUUCUUAGUAAUGCUAACUGCGAGGAAAUUCAUGCUUUAUCAGGGGCAUGCCUCAGAGUUCCUGCUGCUGAAAUGUCCAACCUAGUUGGAAGUUCUCCAGUUGAAGAAAAUGUUUCCGUGAAGCCUGGUUGGAAAUGUAGCAAAUGUACAUACGACAACCUUCCUAUGCGUCCUGGUUGUGAAAUGUGCACUGAACCACGCCCUGUUGACUAUGAGGUACCAGACAAUUAUUCUAUGAGUUCUGUGGAGAAAUACUGGAAAAAACAAGAGGAAGAUGCAGAACAAGUCCAAAGAGAGAUAGAGAACCAACACAAAAUUGAAAGAGAGAAACACAAGCAACAACUGAUCGAUGCAUCAAAAAAGAGUCUAGUUUCAAACCCUGAGCAAUUCAACUGCCCCGUGUGUUUUGACGAUAUUCCUCCUGGUGAUGGAAUCAUUCUUCAGGGAUGUCUGCACAUGUUCUGCAAGCAGUGUCUAAAUGAUGCAGUUUACCAUAAUGACUCUGGAGAUGCCAGAUGUCUUUUCCAGAACGAAGAAUACAAAUGUGAUGCAAAGAUUCCUGAACGUGUCAUCAAAUCUUUGGUUUCAGAUGAAGUGUAUAAACGCUAUUUAUACCUUGGAAUCCAGCGAGCAGAGUCUACAAUCAACAAUAGCUUCCACUGUAAAACUCCAAACUGCCGAGGCUGGUGCAUAUACGAGGAUGAUGUGAACUUCUUUCCAUGCCCUGUGUGUCAACACACCAACUGUUUGACCUGUAAAUCGAUUCAUGAAGGUAAAAACUGCAAAGAGUUCCAGGAUGACUUAAAUCGAGCGUCUCGCCAAAAUGCUAAUGCAGAGCGGACUAAAAUAUACUUAACGAACCUGCUUAAGUCUGGAGAUGCUAUGAAAUGUCCACAAUGUGAGGUGAUUGUCACAAAGAAGGAUGGCUGUGAUUGGCUGAGGUGUUCAGUGUGUAAACUUGAAAUCUGCUGGGCAACACGAGGUCCAAGAUGGGGGCCAAAGGGUCAGAAUGACAACAGUGGAGGGUGUAAAUGCAAGGUGAACGGAGUUAAAUGUCAUCCAAAAUGUAUGAAUUGUCAUUGAUUUUAUUUCGGUUAAUUUGUCAAAAUACAUUGAGGAAAAUAGAGAGUCUCUUUCAGUUAACUUUAUGCAAAUGUGUUCUUGUUGCUCGUUAAAUUAAUUAUUAUGUUGAUCUUUGAACACCUGCAGAUAUAUUUCUAGAAAAUUCAUAAAACACAGUUUUAACUUUCUUAUCCAUAUUACGAACAUUACAAAAUAUUGUUUGAGUAAGUUUGGAAAAAAAUCUGUAAAUUCAAAGAACUGCUUCCAGCCAUCUUGAAAGUCUACAAUGAGAUUUUUAUGAGACACCUUUUUUAGUUCAACAGCUGGGACAAGCCUGGAGAGGCCUUGCUUAAUCACAUCAACCUCAAUUUGUUAAUUCCAGGGUGGAACUUGUUUUGUCAAUCUCUAUCAAAUUGCUAAGUUACCACUUAACAAGAGAUGUAUGUGUGUGUGUGUGUGUGUUGAUGUAGUGUGACUAGGAUUGCAGGGAGAUGGAUAGAUGCCCAAAAUGUGUUGGAAGGAAGAGUGAUAUGGGAGGAGGGGAUGGCAAACACUAGUGGAGACUGAACUGGGAACAAAACAGUUACCUCAACAUGAAAGAUGAGAUGGAACGGAAGAAACCCUUCUUUACCAGCAGAGGUAAAAAAGCUGUCUGAACCAGUUCAUACACUGGCAACAAUAGUCUCGGAAUACACUCCUCUACUGCUAAUUUGGUCUCCAAGGCAACAGGAUUUACUACCAGCCACUUGUAGAGAGCCAUCUGAACAUUGAAUGGAGUCUAUUUCAUAAGUGUUUUUGUUCCUCUGCAUCUAUCAGAUGUGAAAAUGUUAGCCCUCUAUGCCUCGUAUAGACCCAGUUUCCCCCUGGGUACACUGCAUGGAAUUCUUACCAGCUCCUUUUUAGCAGAUUAAGGAAGGCUAUUUUACUCAUGUCAAUAGGUACCUGACUGCUUUCCUAUUUGCUAAUACUUUAGUCUUUGCUUAAUUCACUUUGAAGUCUCUCCAAUCCAGAUUUUGUUUUCCACACAUUCUGCUAUUAGAGCUAAGUCUUCAACAUAAAGGCACACGAAUGGGGAGGGAGUUGGUCUCAACCUGAAUCAACUAUGAUUUGGAGGACAAUAAUAAACAAGAAGCUGCAGACUACGCCCCGUUGCAUCCCUACGUUCACAUUGUAUUAGAAACUCUCACCUUCCUCUCAUGGACACACAUGUCUUAAGACAUUGGUAAACUUCCUGCUCUGGGUUUCUUCUUUUGCUAGAUAUACUCAACCUCUGACUUCCCUUCUUGCAACUUGGUGGUGUUCUUCACUGUCCCCUUUUAGCUAGUCUUUCCAUACCUGUCUCUGAGCCUCUACAGUUAUUCCACUCCCAUGUGUCUGGCACUCUGUUGCCCUCAGCAGAUUAUCCUGUAUUGGAUAGGGCCUUCUACUUUUAGUUAUUUUCACUUUUAAUUUAUUUGCUAUUGUUACCCACUCCCCCCAACUGAUAACAAACCAAUUACUGUAAUUAAAGUUUGAGAGAUUAUUUAAAGCUUGAAUCUGGAUGUUGUUAUGAAACACGUUUUAAACACGUUUUAAAUGAAUUUAGCAUUGACAUGCAAAUAUUGGCAUAAACGUGUGUGUGUGUAGUGAUUAUAUAGAGACGAAGACUUAAAAGGCAGAGGCAAUCCAAUUACAAGAUGAGUGAGGAGAUGAGAACAUUGUGAUAAUACAUAAUACUGAUAAGGAUACAGAAACACAACCUGAACAAAAUGGAGAGACUGGAGUCUCUUUAGGCUAUUUCCUUACUGAGGUUACGAAAUGGAGCAAGUUUGUAAGGAUGAGUGGGUUGAGCAGAUUAGGGGUCACAAAGCAAUGACUUACUGAGAGGAAAUGAGAAACUUUUGAAGCCAAACUAGGGAUUUACAGCAGAGAUUUGUGAGAAAGAACCUCACAUGGGGAUGGAUGGGAUUUCUUUGGUCUGAACAACGAAAUUUGUGAUUACGAAGAUGAUGAUACAUUUUUGAAAGAGGACAGAUAUAUAGUGUAUUAAUAAUGAGUGGAAUUAAAUAUUAAUAAUAAAUUUGCUGGAGGAGAAAACAGACGAAAUCAGAAGAGAAACUUUGGCAAGAUAGAUGCUCCGUUUAUGUACAGUGAAUGACAAAACACUACCAUUUAAGAGCUGUACUUGUCCUAAUUAACGAAUCACUUAGAGACUUACAGACUCCUUUCUCUAUUUUUCCACCCCUUUCACCCUCCCGCCUCUCCCCUCUCACCACCCAGCUAUUCUUUUUUAUUUAAUCCUUUCAUUUAUUUCUUUACUUGGCUCUGGAUGUUUCAGGAUUUGAGGAAAAUGGUGGAUCAGUUGAGUAGAAAAUAGAAAUAUUUGUGCACAGACAAACCACAUUCUGUUCAGAUGCUGAAUCUUUCUAUUAAGUUUGGGCAGCGGCAAUCAAAAGGUAGCUUUGAUGGAAUUAGCAUGCUAGACUAGAGGCAAGUACAAGUGUGUGCUGCAUGCAAGGGGCCUCAGUCAGACUCCUUCAGGACAAAGAACAUAAAUUCCCCUGGGUCAGCAAAAAUGAUUGAGGUAAUGAAAGCAUGCAACAAGAGGACAAUAAAGCUUGGACUCUUCUGGGCAAAUAAUAAGAGCAACAUUUACCAAAGCUGGCAGAAACGUUAGAAUGCCGGGCAAAGUGCUUCGUAGUAUUUUGUCUGUCUUUAUGUUCUGAGUUCAAAUUCUGCCAAGGUCGACUUUGCCUUUCAUCCUUUCGGGGUCAAUAAAAUUAAGUACCAGUUGCACACUGGAGUCAAUCUAAUCGACUGCCCCCACUCCCCCAAAACAUUUCGGGCCUUGUGCCUAGAGUAGAACAGAACAUUUAUCUUUACCAAUGCUACUUAAUCAGGACUGCCAGAUGUACGAAAGGACUGAUUCUAUGAUGCUUUUAUGCAGACAACACCAUCAUCACCAUCGUUUAACUUCUGCUUUCCAUGCUGGCAUGGGUUGGAUGGUUUGACUGAAAACUGGUAAGCCGAGGAGCUGCACUAGGCUCCAAUUUGAUUUGGCAAGGUUUCUACGGCUAGAUGCCCUUCCUAAUGCCAACCACUCUGAGAGUGUAGUGGGUGCUUUUUACGUGACACUGGCAUCGGCCACAACUAUGAUCUCACUUGGCUUGACAGGUCUACACAAGCAUGGUAUAUCGCCAAAGGUCUCUGUCACCUGUCACUGCCUUGAGCGGUGCUUUUUAUCUGCCACUGGCAUUGGCCAACAAACGGCAGUGACCUUCAUGAUGGAUUACAUGGAGGCUGCAGACAGAGCAAGGUUCUUAGUGUUGCAGAUCAUUAGCUCAUUUGCAUCACAGAAGAAUGUUCACUUGAGGAAAGGAGCCAGUUAAUUAGGUAGGCACACAAGCCAGAUGGUUGUGAAGAAUGUACAAGUCAAUAUAGGUUAGUGGUAAGUGACUGCAGACAUACAGCUUGAAAGAUUCA